AUGCAGCAGCAAUCAAAUAUGGUUCAUUUGCCACAAACAUUCCUGUCUUAUCCCUUGUACAUAGGUGUUGAGGUUGCACUUGGUGUGCUAACCUUCAACAAAUUCAGCGGGAUGUAUGGUGUUCUUGCACUUUUCACUGGACACCCGUUAGACUUUGUGCAAUGGACUUUUUACAUCUGGUCAAUUUUCUGUCUAGUGGUAUUCAUUUCAGGAAUAAGACAAGUUUAUAAGCCCAAUAUCCUCUUAAUGUCCACGGUUACUUUUGUGUUCAGUGUGGACACAAUUGUUAGUUGCAUUUACUGCUUAUGGUUCACUGCUGUGUGGUUCAGCCAGGAGGGCUCCACUGACGUUACGGACUUGAAGAGCGCGGGAACCGCACUUGGACCAGCUCAUGAGGGAACCACAUCCACGAUCUCAACUAAAGUAGAUACUUCUAAGAGUGCUUCUAGCGGCUAUGAAUUUUUCCUCAUCAUAUUGCUAACUUUAGUUCCACUAGCAGUCAGAUUCUAUUUCAAUUUCAUCAUAAUUGCAUUCCAACAACAACUAUUGCGCAGUGGGAAGUUCACAUUCGAUCAGAACGAUAUAGAAGUCAAUCUACACAACAGAAACAUUUUGUUUAAAUGGAGAUACAAAUUCGAAAAAUGGUGUUUCUACCUAUGCAAGAGAUACUUAUAG